AUGGGGCCCCCCAGGCAAUAAGGGGAUCAUGGGGCCCCUGUGUCCUCGCCCACAAUCAAACCACACCCAAAAAAGCCUAUGAAAAGAACCUUUCACUACCCCCCUUCCCAGCGAUAGAGAGAAAGACACCCAUCUUCACAGCUCCGGACAUCUCUGAUGAGAGUCAGGCUCUAUCAGGGGUGGACUGACAACUCAUGGGGCCCCCGGGCAAUAGGGGAUCAUGGGGGCCCCCUGUGUCCUUGCCCAAACGUAAAAAAGCCUAUUAAAAAGGUACCAGGGGCAUCUCAUGGGGCCCCCUACUGACCCCGGGCCCUCGUGCAGUGCCUGAGUUUCCAAAUGGUCAGUCCGCCUCUG